CUCAGCAUUCCGUGUUGAUGAUGUCACAAGUAAGGCACAAAGCACAAACAAUUUGAAACAAUUCGAUACGCAACAUACACAUUGUUGUCUGUCUGCCCACCAGCCAGCCCGUCUUCAUGUGUAAUUUUGGCAACACAAAAUUUCUGUGACGACAAACGACUAGCACGACUGCUACCCUUAAAAUCCUUCCCAAAAAAAAGGAAAACGAUGCCGGAAACGGAAACUAAGACGCUCUGCAGCCCCAGCAAUGGCCUCGACCAAGAGGACGAGGGCGACGUCAUUGCAGCUGCCAAUCGCCUGGUCACUCGCACCCGCAGUCCCACCCACAGGCACCCACGCCACCCAAGGCACCCACGCCACCCACAACGCCAGCGUCCGCCGCAAGGUCGUCGGGAUGCCACCGGCCUUACGGCCAACCAGGAGGUGCGCCUGAAGGCCGGCGACAUGCGCAUGGCCCGGCUGCAGAUCAGUCUCUCCCAGCUGCGCACCGAAAUGGAGGAGUCGAGCAAGCAGCUCAGGGACCUCUGCAAGGCGAUGCGGGUCGAUGUGGAUGCUGAGUAGUAUUCUUCUUGGAUAUGUCCUUAGAAUUGCUAGGGAGGAUGCUUGAAAUUUAGAGUAAUGUAGUUUAGAUGAAAUUUGUCGUGAUCAAUAAAGUGCUGCAAAGAUAAUAGAA